UGUGCGUACCCUUGCCUCCGCUUCUCUCUCCCUCUCUCUCUCUCUGUCUUUCUUGCCUCCCGCAUUGCUACCGCUGUCCUUCUCUCACUCUCAAACUCAAACUCACUCAACUCAACUCUCUCUUUCACUCACUCACUCCUCACACUUGCAGUUUUCUUGUGUCAUCCAAUUCUGCCUCAUUCAGCCUCUCUGUCUCUACUACAGCUUCUCUCUCCAUUUAAGACAGAAAAACGUCUCUUGACAGUGUUUUUCUGAAUCACAGACAGAAAACAUCUCUCUCUCUACAACACCUUCUUCAUUUAAUCUAAACCAAAACAUUUUUUUUUACCUCAGGACAAAAGUUCCUGAGCUUCCUACUCUCUUCUCCUCUCCUCUCUCUGCUCUGUGCCUCUGUGGUCUGUGCCUGUGUGCCUGUGUCUUUGUUAUUUCUGUCACUUGGGGAGAUAAAGAUGGCUCUACCGAACCGGCUCCUGCUGUUAGCGUGCGCGUGGGCAGCGCUGGGGGGAUUCCUGUCCCCCCGGCUGCAGGUGGUGGAGGGAACCUACUACGGCCACCACGUCUACAACACGCACAUCAUCAGCCACCGCAUGCCCACGCGCCCCGUGCACCACCCCCGCCACUACGGCAGCAUGGACAACCAGAUCCCGCCCGAGGUGCACUCCACGCCCGAGGUGCACUCCACGCCCGAGGUCCAGCACCACCACCCGACCACGCCAGAGGUGCACGCCACGCCCGAGGUGGACCACGCCGCAGCCACGCCGCCCGAGGUGCCCUACCACCACAACCCUCACCACUACGCGCCUCCGCCGCCGCCUCCCCCUUCGCCGCCCGAGGUGCACCAUCCUCAUCACGCUCCCGAGGUGUCCGGGGGCACGGAGGUUUCCGGCAUUCCUGAGGUUUCUGGGACUCCUGUUGCCGGGGGUCAUCCUCAUCACCCUCGUCAUCUCCCUCAUCUUCAUCAUCAGCAUCAGCCUCAUCAGCAUCAGCCUCAGCACCAGCCGGAGCGUCCCGCCAACGUGAGCCGGGUCUACUAUGGGAUAAUGUUUGAUGCCGGCAGCACCGGCACGCGCAUCCACAUCUACAAGUUCAUCCAGAAGGAUCCUGUUGAGCUGCCUGUCCUGGACAACGAAAUGUACCAUGCGGUGAAGCCUGGUCUCUCCGCAUAUGCCGACAAGCCUGACGUGGGUGGGGAGACCAUUCGUCAGCUUUUGAAGGUGGCUAAGAAGACCAUCCCCAAGCCGGAGUGGAUCCAGACCCCUGUGAUCCUCAAAGCCACCGCCGGCCUGCGCCUGCUCCCCGCUGAGAAAGCCAAGGCCCUUCUAGAUGAGGUCAAGGAGAUCUUUGACGAGUCACCCUUCUUUGUGCCUAACAACAGUGUUUCCAUCAUGAAUGGCACCAAUGAAGGUGUGCUGGCUUGGGUGACUGUAAACUUCCUGACAGGUCAUCUGUAUGCCAAGACCAAGAAGACAGUUGGCAUCUUGGACUUGGGUGGUGGAUCUACACAGAUCACCUUCCUGCCCAAGGCGAAGAAAACAGUCCAGACUGCUCCAACCAGCUACAUUGCCAGAUUCAACAUGUUCGACAGCCUCUAUGAACUCUACACACACAGCUACCUUGGGAAUGGACUCUUCGCUGCACGCCUGGCUACCCUCGGGGCUCUUGGAUCUGAUGAUAUUGAGUGGAAAGUCUUCCAGAGCUCUUGUCUACCAAAGAAGUACAGGGAAGACUGGACCUUUGGCGGCCUGACAUACAAGAUCAGCGGCAUCCCCGACGGUUAUGCCGGCUACAAGCUGUGCUACCACGAGGUGAUGCGCGUUGUGAAGGGAAUUAUCCACCAGCCCUACGAGGUGAAGGGCAGCAGCAUCUUCUACGCCUUCUCCUACUACUACGACAGGGCUGUGGAGUCAGGACUCAUCGAUGGCUCGCGGGGCGGUGUGGUGGAGGUCAGAGACUUCAAGAAGAAAGCCAAGGAAGUCUGUAAUAAGAUGACCAAAUAUCGGCCCAUCAGCCCGUUCCUGUGCAUGGACAUGACCUACAUCACGGCCCUGCUGAAGGAAGGCUUCGGCUUCAAAGACAGCACGGUGCUGCAGCUCGCCAAAAAGGUCAACAACGUGGAGACGAGUUGGGCCCUGGGCGCCACAUUUGAUCACUUUAACAACUUCAACAUUCACUAAGACCAUCAUCCAUUGACACAUGGAUAAAAAAAGAAAUCUUUUAGAAAAAAAAGGGGAAGGGGAGGGACUUUAGACUUUAGACUUUGGCAGUAUAUGGAGUCCAUGUACUGUACUGUACUGUGGGGCUUGGAUGUCUUUGUGGUGUUGAGACUGUCUGAUGAACACCCACCUACACAGCCUUGACGACCAGAGCUCCACCCAUG